AUGGCAACAUCCAAAAUGGCCAACCAAUGCUCCGGACAUGUAUUCGCCAUCGUGCAGGCCACCAAUGGGAAUAUCCUGACCUGGCGCUGUUCCGACUGCAAUUCGGGACCAUUUGUGGCCAUCUGGCGCUGCAAGAUCUGUGGCCACUGUCGCUGUAACGCAUGCCACACCGCUAAAGCGUAA